ACCACACGUACGUAAGCAAAAGUUGAAUAGUAAACAUACUAACAUGUCCCAGUGAAGGUCAAAUAUGGCCAAUCGUAUUGGACUCAGAAUACAUCACAGGCUGCCAGUAGUUCUAGCUGGUGGUGUGUAUCCUUGUUCAUCCUCUUACUCAGUCACUUGUGCCAUUGGUUCUGUACAUCCUAGUCUAUCAAAAGCACUGAAGAAGUGGACAAGUGGAGGAGGAGGAGGCAGAGCCCCUCGGCGCUUGAUAUUGGGACUUGGGUUUUCAUUUUGGACUCAGUAUAUGAGCAUGGCUGGUGGUUCUGUUGGAGGGAAUUCUUUCAUUGCCUUUGCUAGACAAAAGGGUGCUGUUGAAGAGAUAUUGAAGAAUGCGGAAUGGCCAGAGCAGUUCCCCUUCAAAGAGGAGGACUUCCAGCGCUUUGAUGAGUCACCAGAUUCAUUGUUCUACGAAACCCCACGCUUGGUAACACAUAUUGAUGAUCCUGCCAUUGCUGCACUGACCAAGUAUUACUCAGAGGUCUUUCCUCCUAGCAACACUCCAGGAGUAAGCAUCUUGGAUAUGUGUAGCAGUUGGGUCAGCCAUUUCCCAGCAGGAUACAAGCAAGAUCGGAUAGUUGGAUUAGGCAUGAAUGAAGAAGAGCUGAAGGUGAAUCCGGUUCUGACUGAGUAUGCUGUGCAAGACUUAAAUCUGAACCCUAAAAUCCCUUUUGAAGAUAAUUCCUUUGAUGUUAUUACUAAUGUGGUCAGUGUUGAUUAUCUAACAAAGCCUUUAGAUAUUUUCAAGGAGAUGCGCCGGGUUCUUAAGCCAGGUGGACUGGCCAUAAUGAGCUUUUCCAACCGUUGCUUUUUUACAAAAGCAAUUUCAAUAUGGACGUCAACUGGUGAUGCUGAUCAUGUUUUGAUUGUUGGAUCAUAUUUCCAUUAUGCUGGAGGAUUUGAACCUCCCCAGGCUGUGGAUAUCUCUCCUAAUCCCGGACGCUCAGAUCCUAUGUACAUCGUAUACUCUAGAAAGGUAUCCACGGCUUAGGAGAGAACAAAUUUGAGGAUUUGUGGUUCUCUGUCUUCUAAUUAGUAGCAUAAUUCUGGGAAUAAUUUCUUUGUAACAUGCAUGUAAUUUAAUGGCGAUGGUUCCACUUUUUGUAAUAGAGCUGAAAAUACGUUGAAGAGGGGAGAGGAGCGAUAUUUUAUAUAUUCUAAUCUGCAGUCUAAAUAAGCUUAAGGGGCAUUUUUGGUUGCAAUAUAUAAUUCUAUUAUAGGGGAAGUUGUUUGA